AAGAAACUACAGGAGAAAAAGUCCAGAGAGUAAAUAAGAACAAUUAUAAGUGUUUGUUAGAAACACUGAAGCAUGGUAGAGUGGGUACAGGAUCAUCAUUCCAGGAACGCUGCGCUGCUUUCUUUGUUGUUGUGACACUAAACCGUCCACUGUUCUCCCAGAAUCCCCAAAUCCUCCAUCUGCUUUGAGUCGUCAUCUCCAAAAAAUGGUGAAACAGGACACCAGGAGGCUCGGCCUUUAACCCCUUCACUGCCGCUGGACACACGUGUACCCAAAACAUGAGAGCGGGCUUCAGAAGAACAGACACAUUUGAAAAUAAGCUCACAUACUGAAUUAAAAAGAAGAUAUUUCAAAUGUUUAAAUGUUUUGAACAGAGAGCAGCUGGUGUGAACACUGAAGGAUCAGAUGUUUGUGUUUCAACAAUAAAAUAGGCCAGUGUAUCAACUCACAAACAGGUACUUUAACUACCCACACAAUUACUCCAACUAUCGUGACAUGGACAUAAACUACUUUUACUAGUAGCCUACUAAAAAAACAUGGACACAGCAUAAGUCCAACUACCAACACAAGUGCAUGAACUAUUUUUACAAGUACUUACACUUAUGACAUGUUUUAAAACCACAGACUUAACAAGUAAACUAAUGACAUGUUCUAAAACCACAGACUAACCAAGUAAACUAAUGACAUGUUCUAAAACCACAGACAAAACAAGUAAACUACUGACAUGUUUUAAAACCACAGACUUAACAAGUACAGAAAACAACAGGCUUAACAAGUACUUAAACUACCAACACAAGUACUUGAACUACCGACACAAGUACUUAAACUACAAACACAGGGACUUAAUCUACUGGCACAAGUACUUUAACUAAUUUAACAGGUUCAUUAUCUACCAAUACAGGUACUUAAACUACAAACACAAUGACUUCAACUACCAACACAAGUACUUUAACUACUGACACAAUUACUUAAACUAUAAAGACAAGGACUUAAACUACUGACACAAUUACAUUUACUACCUACACAAGUACUUUAACUACUGACACAAGUACUUAAACUACAAACACAAGGUCAAACUACUGACAGAAAGUACUGCUCAAUGGGUACCUAAACUACUCACACUUAGUUUAACUACUGACACAAUGACUUAAACUACAAACACACAGACUUAAACUGCUGACACAAGUACAUUAAGUACUGAGACAAGUACUGUAACUACUUACACAAGUACUUAAACUACUGACACAUGUACUUAAACUACAGACACAUACUUAAACUGACAAAAUACCUAAACUUCUACACUAAAAGUAAAUAAAUACAACACCAGCCAACAAGUUUCUCCACACAAAAGUACAACUCGACUUACAACAUUUACUGAAACUACGGACAUAAGUGCUUUAAUUACUGACACAAAUACAAGAGCCACAUAUCGGCCACCCCCCGUGGUGGGCUCCCGUGAGUCGGUGAUCCCUGCCGGCUUCACUCUUAAAUCUCCGUCCCUGCCAUGAAGCCAAGAGUUAAAGAAGGAAGAGCAGAAGGGGGGAGGAAGCGGAGGAAGGAGGAAAAGGGAAGGUCCCUCCUCCCUUCAGACGGAGUUAAACUACUUUAAAGCCACUUGCGCCAAGUUUUCUGUAACGUUAUAACACAUCGUGCGCAGUUUGUUAUCGCGGUGAGUCCACGCAGUGCAGCCGGCGGGCUGCGGGGACGGACAUCGACAUGUCGGAGGGAUCCGGGGCCGCCUGGAUGUGACUGUUAGAGCAGAGGAUGGAGGGAGAGAAAGAGAUGGCAGAGGAGAAUGAGGAGGAGGAGGAGGACAAAGAGUCUCAUCAUCACAUUGCUGCUGCCUCCUCUGUGGACUGUCAGGAUCUUCCCAUCAUGCACUGGGAGGACCUGAGCCAGAGGAUCGCAGAGCUGGAGAAGCAAGAGCAGGAGAGGAGGGAAAGGUCAAAGAGGAGUGGGGUGAGGAUGGGGCAGAGUCAGGGAGGAGUGUGGGGAGACGUGUGGGAGGAAGAGGAGGAGGACUUCAGGAAGUGUCGAGUUGCUGCUGUUGCAUCACGAUUUCACAACCACAGAAACCUGCAGCUGUGCUUCAUCAACGACAGCGACAGUGACGAGGAGGAAGAGGGAACCAAGAACAAGGUUUCCAUGGGAACAGGUGGAAACGGCUACCAAGCCGCUGGGCUGAAAAAGGAAGUGGUCACCGCUCUGAGGACCCUGAGAGACAAACUGCUGGAAGAACAGAAGGAGAAGGAGCAUCUGGCUGACUGCAGCGAUGUUGCCAAGCGGAAACAUCUGGAGCGUUGGGAGCUGCAGGAGUGUUCAGAGCAGCAGCUCAGCUGCCUGAGAGCGACACUUCAACAGGAAGUUCACGCUUUGAGCUCUGAACUCGUGGCUCACCUGUUGGUACGAGACCAGCUGAGGACGAAGCAGGACGCCAUGCUGCUGGACGUGCAGGACCUGACCUAACACAGGGACCACUGACUGGACCAUUCACAUUAACUCAAAUGUUUGUUUGGACACCCUGGGACCAGGAUGGGCUCAGGAGUCUUUUACUUCCAUGAAACGUUAACUCAGAAGCUACCUUAUCCACACUGACAAAUCAGCAUCAUUCAGGGAAACGGAGAUGGCUAGAUGACGAGAUGGUCGCAAUGAAAGGCAACUGAACCACCUAAAAAUCUCUGACUUUAUCCAGCUCUGCUUUGACAUCAAGGUUGCCGAGUUCGGGACUUAGAAAGAAGUCCAAACCUCGGCGAAAGAAAGUAAAGACUCUGCACGUGGCAGCAUGUUCAUUUGAAACAUGAGAAGUGAACACAGGAACACAGACUCGGGUUGGAUUGAAGAGAAAUCAAUUUUUAACAUCCCCAACGUGCCUCUGGAUGGCGAGGACGGCACUGAACUAGAGCUUCAAGGCCUACAAGAAGACUUCAGAAACAUCCACCCAUCCUUCCAAAACAACACCUCAGCUCUUUCGUGGUGUUGGCACCACAUGCAAAAUCAUUGGAGCGAGUGAAUUACAUUUACAUGCUCAACUUUGUUUUGAUGACAGACUGGAGUGGCGUUCAAAGGGAACCCAUCCUUCCUUGCAAGAUUCAUCUUUGGGCACACACACAAACACAAGUUAAUCGAACACGAACACAUCCUGGCGUUCAUAUAAGCAUGGCUUAAGCGAGCGUUCGUGUUUGUGGUGUGAAAGCGACAUUAGAGUUUAUCACAAUUAAUGUCAGUGUUUUACUUAUGAAGCUAACAAAGAUCUGAGGAGAGCUUCAUAAAUAACAAAUAACUGAAGCUACUCUUUGCCUUUGACCACACUGAAAUUCAGACACACAGAUUUAUGAAAAAUACUCCCUUUCAGCUGCUGAAUAACUACUUACUCUUGAGAAUAAUUUUUCAUUACUGACAGCCAAAUAUCUCACCUAAUCAUAGCCAAAGCUAUCACUUAACAUAAAGAGCAAACAUUAAUCCAACAUGAGCACGAAAAACUCCCUUUUAAGCCUGAUUUAUACUUCUGAGUCGAAUUGACGGCGUAGCCCAUGUGCGUAGGUCCGUACCUACGCGGAGGCCUACGCAUGAAGCUGACGCUCACUUCCUUCAAAAUGUAAAUGUAUAAAUAAUGGACGUAGUAUCCGUGACGUAACCCAUCUGUUUCUGAAGCGCUGUUUUGAAGCCAAUCAUCGGCGGGAGCCAUAUUGGAAAUGCUGAACUCAACCUAACUGCUGUGGAGCUAGUGUGAGGUAAAGAGGCGGGCUUUGAGCCUCCUCGCCAACAGCUACAGUGUUCCCACCUGUCAAUCAAGUCAGCUGUGCCUCUCAUAAUGGAAAACUCGUGCGUAGUGGGGCCGGAAACAUACGACCCAACUAUCAGGUGGAGUAUUGCUGCACGACACGGACAAAACGCCGCAAAAGUAUGUGGUGCUCACGUCCGUGUCGACCACUGCUGCGUAGGGUCAACACAGAAGUAUAAACCAGCCAUAAGAGGCAGAGAUCCUGAGCAGAACCAGACACACCAGUGAAGAGCCGUCUGUUACGCUAUGCUUCAUGAACUUCAUGAAGAAAACAGCGAAGAUGCUGGUACCAGAGAAUGUCUGACUUCCGGGCUUGAAAAACCAGAAGAGUAAUUUUCAAAUACUGGGCGUAUCAUUUCUUUUGAUUAAUUCAAAGUUAGAGGUUAAGCGCUCUCCUUAAGAAACCACUUGGUGUACAUAGUUUUUUCUUUAAAACAGAACACUGUGUUACCGUCUUAUUCUAACAUACUGUUACUCAGUUAAUCUAAAAGAAAUGAUCAAAACAAGAAGUCUCGCUGGCCUGUUUGUGAAAAAUAUACAUUUAUAUGCAAAAAGGGAUUCUAACUUAUCUUAUUUAAGCUUUAUUGUGUUUAAUAUAUUUGCCUGUUUUUAUUUUAAUAAGGGAACAUUACACUCAUAGAGCACAUGUAGCAACACAUAGUAUCUGAUAGUCAAAAGGGAUUUUCAACAAAAUGUUCAACACAGAAGGAACUUAAAGCUCCUGUGAAGAGUUUUAAAGUGUUUGUGAAACAGACUAAAAUUAACAGAGACCACUUCAGAAACAAACAAGACCAUCCGCUAAAUGAUUUACAGUUUCUAUAUCGGCCUUUUUAAUGGCUGUGAGGGGGGUAGGUGUCGGACCAGGCAGUAUCACUCUGUCCUCAGGGGCCGCCAAAAUCAACAGUUCCUCAUGGAAGCUUUAAUUCAAGUUCACAUCCUUUAUUUAAGAUUUGAAUUUAAAUAUGGAGUCUUCACAGAGCAAAUGUUGUGUUUAAUGUAAGCUAAAAGAACAUGGCCAUACAUUUUGUUCAAAAUGUACUAACGAUUUACAACCUUUGAGUUUCCAUUUUGAACAUUGUUUUUAUAAAGGGUUGUUAAACCAUGCGUUUAAAUGUUGGUGCCAUAUUUGUUUAACUGAUGCUAUAAACUCUUCAGGUACAGUUAUUGAUUAAAGAGGCAAACAUGAGAAUAAUGCACUUAUUUUAGUGAAGUAUAUGUGAUGUGAAAAUAAUAUCUGCUCUUCUCUCCUGUAACUCCAAGUUUACCACCAGGGCAUCAAGCGGUUUUUGUAAACUUGUUAAAAAAUUUUCAUGUUAAGUUUUAUUCUGACUGCAGUAAACUAUCUUUGUCCAUAUAUCAGGCAUAAAUAUUUUUUUAAAAUGUAUGUGGUGAUUUUAAACCACUACUACCAAUGUUGCCUUAUUGAAAAAGUUAUACUGACUGAAUGUUGUAUUAAUUAAAGAUGAGUAACUGUGAAUAUAUCAUUUUUAAAAAAAACUUAAAUAUAUGUAAUAAAAGUCUAACUAAUUGGCAUCUUAAAGUGUUUUAAUAAAAUGUAUAACACAAAAGGGAGAAUUCAAAAUUAUAAUAAAUACUGUGCAUUAAAUGUGGUCAUAUUAGCUAACGAUAACACAAAUGUGGUGACGAGAUUUAUCAUUUUUACUUCAAGAGUAUUUGAAAGAUGUAUUUUAAAAUGUAAAUAAAACAUUUUUAUUUGUAAAUGUAAACAUUAACUGAAAUAUAUUUUGAUGUUCUUUUAA